AUGGAUGUGCUUUUGCUUUCCCAAGAGUCCCUGAACCUCUUGCUCGACGGUCGAGCCUCCGGGCUCUUGCGAGGGACGUUCACUCCAAAGCGCGGAGAUAUUUGGCUGGGGUUGGUUGCCGUUGGAGAUGUUGUGGCACGAGCCCGCCUGGUUGCGGCGCACAAGUUGGAUGAGCCGGGACUGCGGCGUGCAGGGGAAGCUUUGCUGGAGCAACAGAAACGGCUGUGCUAUGGAACCCCUCACUUGUGGGAGCUUGACAAAGUUGAGCAGCUCGCGGAGCCUUGGAGGAUUUCAAGCGCGGCGCGCAAGGGAUGCGUGCAGUGGAUUCCAGCGCAUCGCUGGCAGUCACAGCAUCCUGAGCCCGUCAAGCGGAAACAGUCCGGUGUCACGAGAGCUUGGCCAAAGAGGUUUCCCAGAAAACCUAGAUCUGACGGACGAGGCCCUGACCUUCCGCAAGGCUUGCUGCUGAAGCAAAAGACGGCCAAAGAAAGGUAA